AUAGUUUUGGAGGCUUCUUUUACAUUGGACAACCAUGCAUUCAGAGAGAACAUCGGAACGAUUUUGCUCUAUGCCGUUGUGGGAACAGUAAUAAACUUCAUAAUAAUCGGCUUCGCUCUUUACGGUUUGGCCGUAGCUGGCGCAUUCGGAGAUACCCACGUGACUAAAUUAGAGUACCUUCUCUUCGGCGCACUGAUCGUAGCAGUCGAUCCGGUGGCCGUCUUAGCCAUUUUUCAAGAUGUCGGCGUUAAUGAAGUUCUUUACUUUUUGGUCUUUGGAGAGUCUUUAUUGAAUGAUGCAGUAACGAUUGUGUUGUAUAACACGAUGGAGGCAUUCACUAAAACACCCAAUAUUCAUCCAACUGAGGUCGUCAUUGGGAUAUUCUCCUUCUUUACCGUCAGUCUCGGCGGUCUGUCAAUCGGUAUCCUAUUCGGUAUAGCUACUUGCCUAAUUACUCGAGUGACGUCACACGUGAGAGUGGCUGAACCGCUUGCUAUAUUGACGAUGGCAUACAUGUCUUACUUGUGCGCUGAGCUAUUUCAUUGGUCAGGAAUAAUCAGGUGA